AUGGCAUCUCUUCCAAACUUCGAUGACCUUCCUCCUGUCGAGGGGAUGCCGCAAGGCUGUGCAUGGGGCAUCUUCGACAAAGACGACGAGAAAGAUGUUCUCGGCACCCUGAAUCUACUCACUCCAGAAGUCGUCAAGGAUGCUGUCACGGAGGUACGCCAAGGCGUGUCUAUUUCCUUAAAUUGGCCCAUCGGGAGCAUCAAAAUCCCAGGGUUCUUUCGAAAAAGCUUCUGUCACAAUGUCAUGAAGUUGAAAGACGCAGCAUCUGGCAGCCACUUUGGAUUUGACGACGAGGUCGAAUUUAACACCCAAGCCAGUAGUCAAUGGGAUAGUUUCUCUCACUUCAUGCACCUCCCAACCGGCCUCACCUACAACGGAGCGAAACCAACAAUCGAUGCAUUUCAGACUCCCGAAUCUGCCCCAGAUCUUCCAACACUAGACCACUGGCACCAACGCGGCUGUGUGACAGGCCGAGGCGUACUAAUCGACUUCAAGAGUUACGCGCAGACGCACGCGAUAAACUACGACCAAUUCUCCGGCUUCCGCAUCGGGACCACAGAGCUAGAAGCAGUGGCUACCUGGCAGGGGAUAACCUUCAAAGCAGGAGAUAUCCUCCUUAUCCGAUUCGGGGUAACAGAGACGCUGGGUCAGAUGACCGGUGCCGAGCAGGGCGCUGCGAUGAGCAGCGGCAAGAUGUGUGGGCUGGAGGGGAGUAAGGAAAUGGCGCGUUGGCUUUGGGAUCGGCAUUUCGCUGCUGUUGCUAGUGAUAACACGGCGGUUGAGGCUAUGCCGCCUAUCAUCGAUGGUGUUGAGCAGCCUACCCAUGAGCUUGUGUUGCAUCAGUGGUGUCUUAGUUUGCUGGGUAUUCCGCUAGGUGAGCUUUGGGAUCUGAAAGCGUUGGCUCAUGCCUGUAGGGCUAGUAGGCAGUAUUCUUUCUUGCUUACUUCGUCCCCGCUGAAUUUCCCUGGUGCUGUCGCCAGUCCUCCUAACGCACUGGCCAUACUGUGA